UCAUGCUUCCUAAGCGCGUGGGGAGCAUGACAUGACACGACACGACGGCAGGCACUGCGUAUAAGGCUACAAGCAUGACGCCGCCCCCAGGGUUCGAAGGUCACAGAAAUUGAGAAACGACCCACAAUCAAUACGACGUCGCAUGAGACAUUGACUCCUAUCCCGCAUCUUUCCUCGGAAAUCGCACACACCUCGAGGCUCCAAAUUGGCAAUAAUCUGGAGAAACAAAAACUGAGCUCAAACAAACAGUUCGGAAUCCAUUUCCCCAAAGAGCUUAUCGGAAAUCACCAACACCAUGGCUUUGCCGGGCAUGGUCGAAUUUGCCCGCAACUUGGCUGUCAUGGUCAGAGUCCAAGGCCCUGACCCAAAAGGCUUAAAGAUGAGAAACCACGCUUUCCACCAAUACAACUCCGGUAGAACAACAUUAUCUGCUUCUGGGAUGUUACUUCCCGAUACCCUUUACGAUGCUGAGGUAGCUAAGCGUCUCUACAGCUACAAUGAUCGAUGCCCCGUAUUGGUUGUGACUGUCGCGUCUAUUGUUGAGCCUUUUCUGUCCCUGCAACACAGAGAGAACAUUGCUCAGCAGGACCGGCCCAAGUUGAUUCCUGGUGUUCAGAUUGAUAUUAUGGUAGAGGGGAAAAUGUGUUCGGAGAAGGGGUCAAAGGAUUUGGAUAAAGGAGCUCCCUGUUGGAUUCCCGCACAAGUUCUAACAUUAGCUGAUAUCCCUGCUUCCGCUCUUGCUCUUCAGUCUAUUACUGAAGCUUCUUUGGGCUCACUGGAGAAUGGAUGGGAGGUUGGUUGGUCUUUGGCAUCACACAACAGUGGCCCUCAGCCUUUUAUGGAUGCUACUCAGACACGGAACCAUUUGGCAGUGGGAGGAUCAGACAAUUUAAAUCUGAUUGGAAAGUCAACAACUAGAAUUGCGAUUCUUGGAGUUCCCUUAUCUCCUGAGGAUGUGCCAAACAUCAUCAUAUCAUCCUUGAAUAAGAGGGGGGAUUUCCUUCUGUCAGUGGGUUCUCCUUUUGGUGUCCUGUCACCUAUGCACUUCUUUAACAGUAUAUCGGUGGGAUCUAUUGCUAACUGCUACCCUCCUAGUUCAUUGAAUAGAUCAUUGCUGAUGGCUGACAUACGAGGUCUUCCUGGAAUGGAGGGUGGUCCAGUUUUUGAUGAGCAUGCACAUCUCAUUGGUAUUCUUAUUAAACCAUUAAGGCAAAAGGCCAGUUCUGCUGAAGUUCAGCUGGUGAUUCCAUGGGAAGCCAUUGCAGCUGCUUGCAGUGAGUUCUUGCAGAAGGUGCCUCAAAAUGGUGAAAAAGGGAUUUGUUAUAGCAACGGAAAAUUGAGUGCUGUCAAAAAAAUAUUUAUCACUAAUGGCGAAGGCUUAGAUGGGUCCUUUGGCCAAGUUCACAAGCACCUUAAUUCUCAUUACCCUUCUCAGUUACCGGUUGAGAAGGCAAUGACUGCCAUUUGUCUUGUUACUAUUGAUGAUGGAGUUUGGGCAUCUGGAGUUCUGCUUAACAACCAAGGCCUGAUACUUACAAAUGCCCACCUGUUAGAACCACUUAGAUUUGGUAAAACUACUGUUGGAAGUGCAACUUAUGGAACCAAAUCAGAAAAGUUUUCCAUCCUGUCUGAGGAAUCUGCAUCUCUUCGUCAAAAUAGAGUUGAAGGCAAUGACAAGAAUCAGAGUUUUCUUCCAAAUUUGCUGGGGACUGUGAAUCACUCUGUUGAUGAUGAGCAUGAGGGAUAUAAAUUGAGCGAGUCUUAUGGAGGCCAUAGAAAGAUACGCGUUCGCCUGGAUCAUACAAAACCCUGGGUUUGGUGUGAUGCUAAAGUAGUGUAUGUUUGUAAAGGGCCUUUGGAUGUUGCCCUUCUGCAGCUUGAUGAUGUUCCUGAUCAGCUUUCGCCUAUCAUCAUGGACUUUGAAUGCCCAUCUUUAGGAUCAAGGGCAUAUGUGCUUGGACAUGGACUAUUUGGCCCAAGAUGUGGCUUCUUCCCAUCUGUCUGUUCUGGUGUGGUUACAAAAGUGGUCCAAGCAAAGAUUCCCCACUUCUAUCCAUCCAAUCAAGAAGGAAACACACAGGGACACUAUCCUGUGAUGCUUGAAACAACAGCUGCUGUCCAUCCUGGUGGUAGUGGUGGUGCUGUUGUCAAUUCAGAUGGUCAUAUGAUCGGGCUUGUUACAAGCAAUGCAAGGCAUAGUGGAGGAACGGUUAUACCACAUCUGAACUUCAGCAUUCCAUGUGCGGCUCUGGAACCAAUAUUCAAAUUUUCAAAAGAUAUGCAGGAUCGGUCACUUCUACAAGUCCUUGAUCAACCAAAUGAACACCUUUCCUCCGUAUGGGCGUUGAUGCCAUCGCUAUCCCCCAAGCCCCCUCCUUUGCCUAAUCUGCCGCAGUCACUAGGAGAAGAUAACAACCAAGAAGGGAAAGGUUCCCGUUUCGCUAAAUUUAUGGCGGAAAGAGAGGGGUUGCUUAAAAAGCCCUUUCAACUUGGCAAGGUGGAAAGGCUUUCUAAUGUGAUUAUCCCUAGCAAGUUAUGAACAUUUGUCAAUUUUUUUGUAGUGAUGGUAUCAACAGCCAAAGCGAGAUACGGUCCAAUAGCCUAUUAUAAGGGACAGGUUUCCGUCAGGCUUCAUUCUCAAAGCGAUCAGGUCCUAUAGUCUAUCAUAUGAUAGGUUUCUGCCUGCCUACACUCUCACAGAUCGGAUGAACCAUGGAUGGUUUGGUGAACACUUCGCAAUUAUCGUGUUAAAGAAAAACACCAUGCAUGUGUGAAAGUGGUACUGUACCAAACGCAGUUCUUUUAUUAGUGUAUUAUACCAAGACUUGCACAAAAAGAAGUAUAAUGCUGAGCCUUCACUGCUAUUACCUUGUUUCUGUUGUUUGAGAUCUGUCAUGGAAAUUCCUUAAACCUGUAAAUGGUAUUUUUAGAUC